AUGAUGCAAGCAGCAUUGCUGGAAGGCAUCCUUUUCAGCUCAGAGGCUCUCCCGCUGGUGGGCGACACAGAACGAGUGCAGUCCUACUCGAAUGCUUUGCAGGCCUUAGGCAAUACGCUUGAGACGCAUAAAGAAUGGUCGCUGAUGGGCAGCUUCAUCACUGAAUGCCCACCUGGAUCCGCACACAAUUCUUGCGCGGAAUAUAGGAAACGCAUCGAUGGUGCCGUGAUCCUGGGGCUGGUGCAUGGGAGGACAAUGGUGCCGACCAAUGCGUCGCUUUCAUCUGCUCCUUUACCCACAGAUGUGCUUGUGGCGAACACCAUCAGGGCCUACAACAAGGAAUUUUGUUCCCUCUACGCGCUGAACCAAGAAGAGUCAGGGAAUGGUCGGCCCGGCAUCCUCUACGGGCGCUACGCCGCUGACAAGUAUGGCGGAGAGGACGGAGGCAAUCCGUGGGUCUUGAUCACUGCUGCAUUGGCAAACCUUCUUUAUCAGGCUGCCUCGCAGGUCUCCCACACUGCGCUGAAUCUUGAGGAGCGUGCAGCCUGGAAGAUUGCGCUGAAUGACGUGGGCUUCUCCGGAGAAGCUAAUGACUUCAUCGCAGCAGGAGACUCUGUCCUUGUGCGACUUCGAGAACACAUUUCUGCCGAGGAUGACAUGCACCUUUUUGAGCAGAUCCAUCGUGACACUGGGCUUCAGUACAAUGCGAAGGAUCUGACAUGGAGCUACGCAGAGGUUUUGAAUGCCUUGGUAGCGCGUAAGAUGGCCACGAAAGCAUCCUUCAAGAUGUUUGUGGUCUAA